AUGGACUCAAACGCAGCCAUUUGUGCUGCUGUGGUUGCCGCUGUGCAAGCUGUAGUCUCGCACGACGGACGAAACAACCCUGGCCCGAAGGUGCACAAGAUCGUUGUACCUAACUCCUCAUGGGAGACUGUUAAAACCAACCCAGGUUACGACCAAUGGUUUCGUCGCUACCUGCGAUGUCGGCGCUCAGUGUUCACGACGAUUGCACGCAAAGUCGAUGCCAAGUGGACCCAAGUUCACGGACGACUGUACCACAACACAGCCAUCUUGGUUGACGAUCGCGUAGCCUGCGCGAUGCACUACUUGACGCAUGCCGAUGGAUACGAUGCGACAGCGUUAGUCUUUAGGAUCAGCAAGACGAUGGUGAGAACGUACACGUUGCAAGUUUGCCAGGUUCUAUGCCAGUGCUACUUAGCCGAUGCUGUUGGCAUGCCCACAUCUCAAGCUGCGUGGGAGACAAUUCGUGGUGGGUUUGAAGACGUCGCUGGCGUGCCAAACGCCUACGGUGCUAUCGAUGGAACCUUGAUAGCAAUCAAACGGUUCACGGACUAUAAUGGGUGGUAUUGUCGCAAGGGUUUCCCUGCCUUCAACAUGCAGGCCGUGGUCGACGACAAGAUGCGGUUUAUGUCGUACUCGAUUCAUUCUGGGAGUCAAAACGACAAAGCCUUGUUCCGCGAGUCACAGUUCGGCAAAUCCUGCCAUCAAAACGUUCCCCGGGGUGGUUGUUUUGUGGCCGACGGCGGGUACAAGUUAUACAGUCAUAUCCUGACGUCGUUUGCACUUCGAUUUGGAAUGAAUGCUGACGAAGCCCACUACAAUCUCCUACACAGCCGAACGCGAAUGGCGGUGGAGUGUGCAUUUGGGCUGUGGAAAAAUACUUUUCGUAUUUUUCAAGUCAAUUUGUUGCAUGGGUCGCCUGCCGAAAUGGUCUUGCUCAUCAAAUCAACGCUGUCUACGAAAGCGAAAGAAAUCUAG